AUGAGCGGCGGCGGCGUGCCACCAGCCGGCGCCGCCGCUCUUCCUGGAGGCAUCAGUGAAGCGUUGGUGGCACGCUACGCGGGGCGUUUGUCGGGUGCCGCAGACGCAUCUUUGCUGCCACGCGGCCGUCAUGCUGACUCCUCGCCGCUUUCCACGGUGCCACCCUCCCCCCUGCAGCAGCCGCAAUGGCGGCAGAGUCCGCCUGCUUCGUCCCCCUCCUCCUUGUUGAGAAGCGGCGGCACGGACGGCUGGGGUCAACGACGCCGCAUGAACGCGUAUCCGCAGCAGUUCGACCAAUCGCACAGCCAGGGCUUUUCCGCGUUGAACGGAGCCUCACCAUCACAGCUUGCUGUCGUGCCGUCUUCCCUCUUCACGUCUGACAGCAGCAGCAGCGGCACCGGAAAGCGCAGCAAUGGCCAGAAGGACGAGCUCCCUUUUGCGAUGGUCCGCCCGAAUCGCGUUGCUCCACCGCCGCGUCCACACCAACUCCAGUUGCCCGACGACAACACUCACAGCGCUGCCUUGGGCCGUGACGCCACGUCGAGCUUCCACAGCGAUCGAAGGACAAACUGCAGCAGCAGCGGCGGCGGCGAGAGCGGGACGCUAAGCAACAGCCGCGAAGGGCUCCUGGAAGACAACGGUGCGAGCGGGACCGAGCCUCCCGGAGAGAGCAGGAGCUUCCGGACAGGAGUGCGGAAGUCCUCGUUUCCAGACACUCAAGCGCAGGAUGGCAGCUUCGGUGACCACAGUAGUGAGAACUUGCUGUCGCUGGCCAGUCUUGCCACCGCACACUCCGCCAGCGGUGUCGACGCCGCUGCUUCUGCGGCAACAAGGGAGGAUGGCGACGAGGAGGAGACGGUGCUUGUGACAAUGAUGUCAGACCCAAACGACAUCAACGAGAACGCGGAGAGCAGCAGCAGAAGCAGCACCAUCAUUGGUGGUGGCGACGAUGGCAGCAACGCGACGACGGGCGAAAAGACCAGAAUUGGUGCGGCAUGCCAGAGCGGUGAAGCUGGUGGCGCAGCCAUGGAACCACCAGGCAGCGAGGAGCAGCCACAGGACUCGCCGAACGAGCCUCUUUUCUCGGCUACGGCGGACGAGCAUGAGGCGCCUCUUUGUCUCGCAGCCCCCUCGCAGAGUCUCAGGCGGCAGCCCAGUCGCAGCAACUGCUGUCUGAGGGAUGUCAAUCGACAGGAGGCGAAUGGCUGCUCAACCUUUGCAACAGGAGCCGCCGUGCGACCCGAGCAAAUAACGGUCGAGGUUGGACACGAGAUACCAUCCUUGAAAGACGUGAAAAGAGGCGAGAAGGAUACAGACAAAGCGAAUAAGUGCACAAAGCGGAGUAGCUCGGCCGCAAGCGCAACGGGCUCAAGCACGGCGGCGGCGGCGGCGGCGUCUCACGUGAUGCCUGCAGCCUCCCAAGGGCCGUUGCCAAAGCUUGAGCCCGAAGUGCCUCUGAUGAAUCCAGAAGAGAGGGCGUCUUCCGCGCCCCACUUGGCUGAGCGGCAGGCACACACCAAGGCCGCGCCCGUCACCGCCGCCGCCGCCAGCGCUAACAACAACGACAUCUUUACCUUUGGUGUUGACGUCACGUUUGAAAGACCAGACGCUGAUCGCGGUUAUAGUGGUGGUGGCGGUGGCGGCCUGACGAGGAAGCAAUCGGGGAAACAGCAGCAUCGCCCAGGCUCUCCAGGCGCCCCGUCGCUCGCAGCGCAUGCACCGCCGGCAGACAUGAAAAAUGGUCUUUUUCCCCCCGGAGAGCACGCGCGACGGCGGAAGAAAGCGAAGCGCAACGAGCCAACGCUCGCGCCCUCCUUGAAAGACAAGAGGCUCCUCCCGAGCAUUGCGGGACCUGGCGAGGUGGAAAUUUCCGAACUCGCCCUUGACGCGCUCCGCAGCCGCGUCAGCGACUACGUACGCGCUCCCUCGCCUCUUUCCAGUGACGAACGCGAGGGACGGCGAGGCCGACGGCACGACAGCUCCUCCUGCACCUCUUCUUCCUAUAGCGCUUCCACGGCCUUCUCCGAUGGACACAGCACCGACCGUCAUGGCAGCCGUCGCGAGACGAGCAGCGACAGUGGGUACUCCAGCAACUCACAGCGCUCGUCGUCCUCGUCGUCCUCCAGCGACGACAGCGGCAGUAGUGACACGGACGGCUCCUCACCGAACGACUCGCGAACCACCUCUUCCUACUGCCGCAGUGACAGCUCUUUCAGCAGCCGCCGCAACGGCAGACACCGACGACAGGCGAGGGCCAGCACAAAGAAGCAGAGUAAUCGAAGUAAAAGGAGUGACAAGAAACGGGAGGACCGAAACGCCGUCGUGCAGCGCGAGCGGAGAGACAACCGCAGAAGCACACAGAGAAAGAGCAACACACGGCGCACCGCCAACCAGAAGCGGAGUGCUCGACGGCGCUCUCGCCGAGCGCGAGCGUCGGCUGCGACGGCAGCGCCGCGCGCGGCCCGCCUACGUCGUCGCUUGCGCAAGCAGGUGGCGGCCAACCCCAGCGCCGCGAGCCUGCCAGUUGCUCUUGCCGUCUUGUUUUGUGCCGCAGCCGCCGGUGGAUGUUAUCCCGUUCACGCUGUCCUCGCCUCCCACUUCGGGCUCCGCGAUGACUGUGUUCGGGGCCGGCAGCGGCUCCGUUGUCCGGAGUCACAGGUGUCCCAGCCGCGCGCACGGCGUCCGCGGGGACGAGGAGAACAUGAGUGA